UUUGGACGAAGACUUGUAGCAUUCUUUCUCUUCUCGGUGUCAGCUUUUAUUAGUGCGCUGGGGCUGGGGAGGCGGGCCAGAUCGGCAGACACGGACAGCCUCUGACCCUCUGGAGUUGGUAUGUGAUAAGCAGCCCUAGCAGUGCCAUGUAUUGGAAAAGCGAGCAGAUGUUUGUGUGUAAACUAGAAGAAAAGGACGUGCCGGAGCUGGCAGUUCCUCCCGAGAAGUGCCAGGGGCUCAUGUCGGAGGAGUGCGGGCGGACUGCAGCCCUGGCGGCCGGGAGGACUCGGAAAGGCGCCGGGGAAGAGGGACUGGUGAGCCCCGAGGGAGUGGGAGACGAGGACUCGUGCUCCUCCUCGGCCCCACUGUCCCCGUCGUCCUCGCCCCGGUCCAUGGCCUCGGGCUCCGUCUGCCCCCCUGGCAAGUGUGUGUGCAACAGCUGCGGCCUGGAGAUCGUGGAUAAGUACCUUCUCAAGGUGAAUGACCUGUGCUGGCAUGUUCGGUGUCUCUCCUGUAGUGUCUGCAGGACAUCCUUAGGAAGACAUACCAGCUGUUAUAUUAAAGACAAAGACAUUUUCUGCAAACUUGAUUAUUUCAGAAGGUAUGGAACUCGCUGCUCUCGCUGUGGGAGGCACAUCCAUUCUACUGACUGGGUCCGGAGGGCCAAGGGGAAUGUCUAUCACUUGGCGUGCUUUGCCUGCUUUUCUUGCAAAAGGCAACUUUCCACAGGAGAGGAGUUUGCUUUGGUGGAAGAGAAAGUCCUCUGCAGAGUGCAUUAUGACUGCAUGCUGGAUAAUUUAAAAAGAGAAGUGGAAAAUGGUAAUGGGAUUAGUGUCGAAGGCGCCCUCCUCACAGAGCAAGAUGUCAAUCAUCCAAAACCAGCAAAAAGAGCUCGAACAAGCUUUACAGCAGAUCAGCUCCAGGUUAUGCAAGCACAAUUUGCUCAGGACAACAACCCAGAUGCACAGACCCUCCAGAAACUGGCAGAAAGGACAGGCUUGAGCAGACGUGUGAUACAGGUGUGGUUUCAGAACUGUAGAGCACGCCACAAGAAACACGUCAGUCCUAAUCACUCCUCCUCUGCCCCAGUCACAGCAGUCCCGCCCUCCAGGCUGUCUCCACCCAUGUUAGAAGAAAUGGCUUAUUCUGCCUAUGUGCCCCAAGAUGGGACAAUGUUAACUGCGCUGCAUAGUUAUAUGGAUGCUCAUUCACCAACAACCCUUGGACUCCAGCCCUUGUUACCCCAUUCAAUGACACAACUGCCAAUAAGUCAUACCUAAUUCCUUUUUUCAGGGAUAGAAAUGAUUAAGGAUAUAAACUUGUCAUUUAUUAUGUAUAAAAUACCAUUGAAAAUAUAUUAAUGUUAAUUUUUUAUUUAACAUCCAAAGCAUUUCCAACAUCACUUUGCUGCCUAGGUAUGUAUCUGUAGUUGGCCUGCAAGACACUUUUAUUGAUUCUUCAUUUUUUUGUAAAACUUAUGUUUACAAGAAGAAAACAAUUCAAAACUUUUUUUUGUAUUGUAUGGAAAUAGUUCACUCGAGUGUGUAUCUGUUAAUUUAUUUGUCAUCAAGAGAGCACUUUGCCUAAAAGAAAGGACUGACAAGUGUGCAAGAUGUUUACAAUCCUUUGUGAAAUUGUAGUGUAUCAUUAGUUUGUAUCUGUAAGUUAUUGUUAUAAAUAUUACCUGUAUUUUUUGUUAUAUACAGCUUUAUACUUUGAAGCUUGUAUCUGUGAAUUUGCAACUGAAAUUUAUUUUGCCAAUGUUUUCUGAAUGAACUGAAUAAAGCUUCUGUUGUAGCAUGCCAUG